AUGCUGCAAGUUCAUUUCCAAUUUUCAAAAGCAUGUUUACAAGAUGAGAGAAGUUCUCUAUUAGAUUUCAAGGCUGGUCUGAAUCUUUCCUCAAGCCUCUUAUCCUCUUGGCGGGAGUUCAAUUGUUGCCAGUGGGAGGGGGUUGUCUGUGAUUAUCAUACAUCCCAUGUCAUUCACCUUGAUCUAAGUAAUCGUCCUUACGUACAGAAGCAGGAGUUGACUGGGGAGGUUCGUCCAUCAUUGUUUAAUCUGCAGCAUCUAGAGCACUUGGAUCUGAGCGGGAAUGACUUUAAAGGUAUUUCUAUUCCUCCCCAGUUGUCAAAACUGCAGAGACUUGCAUUUCUUAGCUUGUCAAAUGCUGGGUUUGGCGGAGAAGUCCCUCUGGAGUUGGGAAAUAUUUCAAGCCUGCGCCAUUUGGAUAUUUCUCGCAAUUAUAACAUGACCAGUAAUAAGUUUGAUGUAUGGGUCAGAAAUCUAAGAAGCUUGGUAUUCUUAGGAAUGGAUGAAGUGGAGCUGACAAUAGCGUCUGAGCAGUGGGGUGAGGCCCUUAGCAAUCUUGCCAAUCUUACCCAGAUUAACCUGUCUGGUUGUGGGCUCUCAGGUAAGAUUCCAGAUCUCUUAAACCUCACCCAAUUAUCAAUUCUGCGUAUAGGUGACAAUUCAUUCCCUUUUGAACUACCCUCUUGGUUUGGGAAAGUGUCCUCAUUGGUUUCACUUGAUAUUAGUAACUGCGGUCUAAAGGGUUCCAUUCCUUCCAAUUUCAUGGUCCAUUCAAGAAUGAGCAAUCUUAUACUUGCAGAAAAUCCUGAUUUGGAAGGACAUCUUUCCUUCAUUCUGAGCCAUUCCUCCUCCCUUGUUGAGCUAUCUCUCGGUAAUUGCAGUUUAGGUGGAAUGAUUCCCCCCUCCAUUGGAAAGUUUUCAAAACUCGGGUUCUUGGACCUUAGUAACAACCAGCUAACUGGUCAGAUUCUUCCGUCUUUGUGUCAGCUCCCGUCAUUAGUUGAACUAAAGCUAGAUUAUAACCAGCUUUCAGGAGCAAUUCCCCAUUCCAUUUCAAAGCUGGCCACUUUAAAACGAUUGUCACUGUCUUCCAACAGAUUAACAGGCAACUUUUCACUGCAGCUACUCGACAAUCUAUCUCGCCUUCAAGUACUAGACCUUUCUGAAAAUCAGUUUCUUGUGAACGUCUCUACAAGUUGGGUUCCUCAGUUUGCCCAAUUGGAGUUCCUUGGAUUGGGGUCUUGCAGUAUAGAAGGCGACUUUCCUCCAUUUUUGUCGCAGCAAUUUCUACUGAAAGAGCUAGAUCUUUCAGAUAACAAAAUUCUGGGAAAUCUUCCUUCGUGGCUGUGGGAGCUUCCUUAUCUUUAUGUGCUCAAUGUUUCAAACAAUCAACUGGAAGGUUCUCUACCCCGCCAGAUAUCCCAUAAAUUUGAAAUUGUGGAUUUACAUGGGAAUAAAUUAUAUGGUUCUCUUCCAGCUCUUGAUUUUGUUUCAAUGAUGUUAGAUCUGUCAGACAAUGAGUUUAAUGGCUCUAUUCCUGCAACAAUUGGCACAUUAUCUAUUCUAUCAUUGUCAGGGAAUAAUCUUACUGGAGAAAUUCCAACUUCUGCAUGUACCAAUUCAAAUGAAUUGCAGCUUUUGGACUUGUCAAAGAACAAGUUGACAGGUAUGAUUCCUCGGAACAUUGGGGACUGUUCUCAUUUAUCAGUUUUAAAUUUGGCUCGAAAUAUUUUGCAAGGGGAGAUUCCAGAGGAGUUGGGAAAUCUGCAGAGUCUUCGUACCCUGAGUUUGAAUGGCAAUAGGUUGCAAGGUAUUAUUCCAUUAUCUAUUGGAAAUUGCACGUCUCUCCAAGUAUUUGAUUUGGGAAAUAACAAGUUUGAAGACAGAAUUCCUGUCUGGAUUGAAAAACUAGCGGACUUAAGAAUUCUCGUCUUAGCUUCUAAUAAGUUUAAUGAUAUAAUUCCGUCCCAACUGUUCAAACUGCAGAAUCUUCAAAUCCUAGACUUAUCAGAUAAUCAAUUAUCAGGAAGUAUUCCUUCGAAUGUGGACAAGUUAAAUGCUAUGGUCAAUAAUUCACAAAGUUUUGACGUACAGCAAACUCAAUUUGUUUUUUCUGAUGUUCUCCAUAGAUUCUUCUUUUUUGAUCAAAUAACGAUUUGGAUAAAAGGAAGGACUGUACUAUUCUCAAAGAUAAUUGUUGCAGACAAGUUCAUGGAUCUAUCACGUAAUAACCUGUCAGGUAAUAUUCCUCUUGAACUGGGAUUCCUCAAAGGUUUAAUUUCUCUAAACAUGUCAAAAAAUAAUCUCAUAGACUCAAUUCCAGACUCAUUGGGGGCCAUAAGUUAUCUGGAGUCUUUGGAUCUUUCACAAAACUAUCUAGUGGGAAAGAUUCCAUUUGAACUCUCAAAUCUCUUAUUUCUUGCUGCGUUGAAUCUCUCUAACAACAUGCUGUCGGGGUUGAUACCGCAAGAGAGGCAGUUUAAAACAUUUGAGGCUUCUUCUUUUAUAGGAAAUCCCCAUCUUCAUGGACCCCCCCUUGAAAAUAAGAGACAUAGACAUAAUCACAAAGAAUUGAAUAAUGCAUCUACUAAAGAUGGAGAUGUAAAUGAAGAUGUAAUGGAUCGAUGGUGGGCAGUGGCAGUAGGAUUAAGUUAUGGAAUGGGAUUUGGCAUUGUGAUUGCAAUAUUAUGCUUUCACAUAAAAUGGAGAUGCAAAUACUUUGUUUUGAUAGAUUAUUUAAUCUGUCCUUGA